GUUGCGUCGGUCCAGCUCGGUUCAGUACGUGAAUGUUUGCAUGCUCGCGCUUUGAUGGAACAAAGCACCGAGAGGUUUGCUCUCCGCGGCACGCAUGGGAUGUUUUCAGAGUAGGAUCUAUCGAGCGAUGAGGACUCUCGUUUACAUCCACCAUGGAGAAGUAGGGGGAGGGCUGGGCUUCUUUUCGACCGUCUGACUCUGUUGGGAUUGUGCAAAAGUGAUCAGAAUAUAAAGGCGAAACUGCUUUUUGCAACACAUAUGCAACAAGGAGUGGAUCUCUGAUUUAAGGAAGCAUGAUUUUGAGGAAAAUUCAAGCAGGAACCUGCAGAGCUUGGCUGUCUCGGGUUUCAGUGAGACAGGAACCUUGUUUCUUCUCCUCUGUGCCCUCCCAGCCGGUGCCCCCUUUGGCCCAGACCCUGCAGGGCUACCUGAGGGCCCUGGAGCCCCUGUUGCCCCCCGAGGAGCUCAGCCACACCCGCAGGAUGGUGCAGGAGUUCGGCAGACCGGGCGGCCUGGGCGCGCAGCUGCAGGAGGGCCUGGAGAGGAGAGCCAGACACACGAGGAACUGGAUCUCACCCUGGUGGGUGCAGUGGGCGUACUUGGAGGACAGACAGCCGCUGCCCGUGCACUCGAACCCGGCCAUCUCUCUGCCCAGAAGAGAUUAUAAUGGCUGGAGGAGCCAGCUAGUGUUUGCAUCCAAACUGAUAGCAGCAGUUCUGGACUUCAAGGCCAAAAUCAACAACGGCCAGCUGCCGGUGGAGUACAUGCAAGGGAAGCCUCUGUGCAUGGAGCUCUACCCGCUCCUCUUCUCCUCCUGCAGGAUCCCGGGUCCCAAGCACGACUACAUCGCCCACCACGGCCGCUCCAGGCGCUCGCCAACGCACAUCACAGUCGUCAGGAACUACCAGUUCUUCCAGCUGGAGGUUUACAACAGCGACGGCUCUCGGAUGACGGAGAGUCAGAUCCACAGUCAGCUGCUGAGGAUCAGGUCUCAGUCCUGGAAGACGGACAAAGAGCCGGUGGGCAUCCUGACCAGUGAGCACCGUCACACCUGGGGACAGGCCUACAACCGGCUGCUGAGAGAUAAACUAAACAAGGAAUCAGUGCGGCUGAUAGAGACGGGACUUUUCUCCUUGUGUUUGGAUUCUCCAGUCAUGAGGAUAUCAGAUGAGAAGUAUGCCAGCCGCAAGGCAGCGCAGGUUCUGCACGGAGGCGGGACCUUCUCCAACAGUGGAAACCGCUGGUUUGAUAAAACGCUGCAGUUUGUGGUGGGCGAGGACGGCUCGUGGGGUCUCCUGUAUGAACAAGCCACGGCCGAGGGUCCGCCCAUAGCAACACUGCUGGAUCACAUCCUGGAGUACUGUGAGAAACCAGAUCCAAAGAGAGCCCCGCUGGUCCCGCUACCGAUGCCCAAGAAGCUUUACUUCCACAUAGACAGAGAAAUCAAGAGGGACAUAGAGCACGCCAAGCAGAACCUCGAUAUACUCAUUAACGACCUCGACGUGAACGUGUUCAACUUCAAGAAGUUCGGCAAAGAUCUUCCAAAGCGGCACAAGCUGAGUCCACACUCCUUCAUCCAGGUCGCCUUGCAGCUCGCCUACUACAGAGUUCACAAGGAGGUCUGCGCUGCCUGUGAUAUCGUCUCUCAGAGGAUGUUUCGAGGAGGACGGACGGAAUACAUCCGCUCGCCCACUAAUCAGACGCUCAAGUUCAUUCUUGCCUUCGAUGAUCCUUCUGUAUCGCGGGAAGCGAAGCUGCAACUGUUCAGAGAAGCUGUUGAUGCUUAUGCAGCUCUGACUAAGCAGGCACUUAAAGGACACGGCAUUGAACGCCACCUGCUGGGCCUCAAGCUGCAGGCCAUCGAGGAAGGACUAAGCAUUCCCAAAAUCUUCAUGGAUACGGCUUACGGCGUGGCGACACACUGGAAACUCCGCACAGGGCAGGUGCCUGCAAACACGGACAGCGUGAUGUGUUUCGGACCCCUCGUUCCUGACGGCUACGCCCUUUGCUACAACCCCCAGGCAGACCACGUCCACUUCUCCAUCACCGCCUUCAACUGCUGCGAAGAGACACAUGCAGAGACAUUAGCCCUCACCCUGAAGGACACCUUGUGUCAGCUACAGGAGCUUCUGCAGCCUACUGUGUAGAGCUGCUCCUGUCCAACAGGAUGAACCUGCUCUUCUACACAUGGAAAUAAGGCUUUAUUUUCUUAAACAACAUUUUGUAGAAGUCUUGAUGAGGCUUGUUUUUGAUGUGGAUUUUUUCUUCCGUGUGCCACAUUAGGCCUAGCUAGAGCGGUUAAACCUAAGACCAUUUGAAGAGUGAACUCAGCGUCUCUGAGGUGCUUUAGAUUUUUUUUUUAAGUUUUUGAUGAAGCAAUAAAUCACUUUCCUUUUCUAGCAAGAGUUAAGCAUGCAAGCUGCAUUAUAGUCGCUACAGUUGGAGCUCCUGGAGGCAUCUGGUGCUACAAUAUCUCUGUGUGAAAGCUAACCAAAGUAAAAGCCAGCCUGACACUCCAUCAUUGAUCAGAACAAGCCAAAAACACGUUUAAUCUGACUGCACUUCUUUCACAAGUCACGAUGAGACGACCAGCAGCUUUCCCAGUACCCUCUACUGAGAAUACAUAAAUAUAUUUCAUGUGUUGCACUGCCAUCGGAGUUAAAAUGUUAAUGGAAACUGCUGAUUUUGUAGCUAAACAAGUCUGUUUGAAAUGGACCAAAAGCCACAGGGCUGGUUAUGCAAAAGUGCAUGUUUGUAUUUACUGUAUGUUGAACUGAAUAUAAAGAGGCUUUGGCCCCUUCGCUGGGGCGUGUUGUUCUGCUCUCAACCUGCAGGACUGGUUAAUAAAGCCUGUCAUCACGUGA